GCUUUCACCAGAUACUCAAAGAAACAUGAAACUGAAGAAGGUAAAAAGGACAUUCAGAGUCAGUUGGAGAAGAUGAAGAAGUACUGCGCUGUCAUCAGAGUUCUUGCUCACACCCAGAUAAGGAAAAUGAAAGGGCUGAAGCUGAAGAAGGCACAUCUGAAUGAGAUUCAGAUUAAUGGUGGAGAUAUUGCAAAGAAGGUUGACUAUGCCUGCAGCUUAUUCGAGAAGCAAGUCCCUAUAGAUGCUAUCUUCCAGAAAGAUGAGAUGAUUGACAUAAUUGGUGUUACAAAAGGAAAAGGUUACGAAGGUGUGGUUACAAGAUGGGGUGUGACCCGUCUUCCAAGGAAGACUCAUCGUGG